GAGGUGUAUAACAUAUCUUUUUCGUAAUAGUAUUAUUCGAACCAGAAUCCAAAACACUAUUUAGAGUGUUAUUUUCAAGCUUGUGUCUUCAGAUUUUCAUCUUUUAUUUCGGUAUUUACAGAAUAUCUAUAUUUUUAGGCGGACCAUGAAACGUACAUCAAAACAAAGCGCUGUUUAAAUCGUAGGGGUCUGGAAAACCGGAAAUCGAUUUUGUAGGUCAAAGGACUCCCAGUGGCAUGGUUUGCACGUGCAUCGGUCGGGCUAUAAAAUAUGGCCACAGUAUAGGGAGGAUGAUAGUGCCACUCAUAGGAUAGCAAAGUGUCCGCAGCUUUCAAUUCAGGUCCCAGACCUUUUUGGCGGCCAAAAACUCGGAAGCCAGUAAACAACAAGAAAUUAUAGUGCAGAAUAAUUGUGUUUUAGCACAAAAUGGCCUAUUUUCCUUCACCAAAAGCAUUAAUUCUUGUCGAAGCGACAUAGUAUACGAAAAAAAUAGGUAAACUAAACGUACAUGUAUCUGCUCAUGGUGAUUGUACUGUUGCCAAGGGCUUCAAUCAAUACUCAUGCAGUAGCUUGUAAAAAUAUUACGAGACUAAUGUUAAAGCUGCUUUUCUUACUGCUGCCGAUAGUUUUAUUCCGAAAACAUCGCUCAAGCGUUCCCUCACGCAUUCUUAAAUCACCAAGGAUCUAUAGACUUCACGCCAUCAACAUGAAGGAGUUCCUAAGGAGAAAAGCAAAGGCUAAAAACUCGCCUCAACUAUGGGAGAAAUUUCGCAUGACUCGGCAACACGUGAAAUGUUGGAUUAAUGCCAAGACGAGAGAAUACUUAUCUGGACUUUCUCAAUCCUUAUACAAUAACUCUAAAUCAUUUUGGAGAUUUUUUUAAGUCUAAAUCUUCAAAAUCUUCCAUACCUGAUGUAAUUAAGAUAUGGGGUCUUAAACUAUUCUCUUCUGAAGAAAAGGCUGAUGCUUUUAAUACUUAUUUUGCGUCAGUUUUUACCUCCGACUCAAAUUUUUCUUUACCUUUAAUUUCUCCUUCGCAGUCAUCAUCAAACUUUCGUGACUCAAUAACUGUUUCUGAAUCCGAAGUUCAAUCUUUGUUAUCCAGUUUGUCACUGUCUAAGGCUACUGGGCAUGAUGGCAUACCAGCAUAUCUUUUAAAGCGCUGUUCCGAAGUCAUCGCUCCGUCUUUAACAUUUCUCUUCGAGUUAUCUCUUCAGCAGGGUGUAUUUCCUUCUGAAUGGAAAUCUGCCAAUGUGAUUCCAAUACCUAAGAAAGGUGACGCUCUAUGAAGUCACCAACUACAGACCUGUUUCAUUACUCUCUCAAGCCUCAAAAGUAGUUGAUUUUUAGACAGGUUUCUUCUUUCAUUAAGGACUCUUUGUAUGACAUUUAACAUGGCUUGCUUUCGCUGCAAUAGGUCAUGUGUUACUCAACUUUUGAAUGUGUUUCACGAUCUCGGUCGUGCUCUUGAUUCUGGCAAUGAAAUUGAUCUUCUUUAUCUUGAUUUUGCUAAAGCUUCUGACUCCGUAUCUCAAAGCAAACUCUUGUUUAAACUAAAAUCUUUUGGAAUUUCAUGUCAACUUCUUAACUGGUUCACUGAUUAUCUCCAUAAUCGGAAACAGCGUGUCGUUAUCGAAGGAGUUUCUUCAUCUUUCCUUAACGUUAAAUCCGAUGUGCCACAAGGUUGUGUCAUAGGUCCACUACUUUUCAUUUUGUAUGUGAAUGAUCUUCCAGAGGUAACCAAGAAUUGUACUGUUGCACUUUUUGCUGACAACAGUAAAUGUUACCAUGCAAUUCAGUCACCAGCCGAUCGAGAUCUCCUACAGACUGACCUUUACUCUAUGCACAACUGGUCGAUCUCUUGGCAUUUGAAAUUUAAUGUAUCUAAGACGCUCUUGCUCAGGGUAUCUCGGAAACGCAACUCUCCAACUCACUCUUACCACCUUAACAAUCAACCUGUUAAGAUUGUAGCCAGUCAAGUCGACCUGGGUGUGGUUGUGAGCAAUGACCUUAAGUGGUCCCCUCACAUUGCCAGCUGUACUGCUAAAGCCAACAGUUUGCUUGGUUUUCUUCGGAGAAAUUGUUCUCAAAUGACUGACACUCGCUGCCGUCGGCUUCUCUAUCUCACACUCGUCCGAUCUCACCUAUCUUACGCCAGUGAGAUCUGGACACCUCAAGUCUCGUCACGCGAUCUUGCGGGCCUGGAGGGUGUUCAGAGACGAGCUACUAAAUUUAUACUUCUAAAUUAUGAGUUGUCUUAUCUUGAGCGUCUUAGGAAGCUUAAUUUAUUGCCAAUACCUUACUGGCUUGAAAUAAAGGAUCUCAUUUUUUUCUCCCAAUGCAAACAAGGCCUCCACGACCUAGAUAUUUCCUCUUUUGUCAUCUUUUCUUCUAAUCGCUCAUCUCGCACCCGUUCAAGCAAUGACAAAUUGCUUCAAGUCAAUCCGUGCAAAACCUCUCUUUUUAGAAACUAUUUUUUAACCGAAUUGUCUUUCUAUGGAACAAUCUCUCUCCGAUCAUUCGUAACAGUUCGUCUGUUUCAUCCUUUAAGCUCCAGCUCCAUUCUCACUACUCUUCUCAAUUAAACUCUUCUUUCCAUGUUAAUAGAAUGCGCACUUGGAAAACCUACUGCUCUAAAUUCCGUUCUUUCAACUUAAUUAAGCUGUCGCUCAUAAUCUAAACUAUUAAUUUUUAUAUAGCGAUGUAAAUAGUGUUCUAGUCCUUGUCUUUAAUGUAUGUCUACUUAUUGUAUUGUAUUGUAUUGUAUUGUAUUGUAUUGUAUUGUAUUGUAUCAGGUUGGUCUUCACAUGGGACUCAUGCCCUGUUGACCAUACCUUCUAUCAUUGUUAUAAUUUUUGUGUGAUUGUAAAGUUAAUAAUUAAAUAAAUGUUUAAAUGAACAUAUUUUUCUAUAAACAUCACAAAUAUUUAUUAUAGACAUUAUAUACAGUUGACCAGUUAAAUGAGGUUAGAUUUAUAGUAUGUCAGAUGAAAAAAAAAUAAAAUGGCUGAUAUAUAUUCAACUGCAGAAACUAAUUCUGGCCAUAACUUCACAAAGAUGAUAUUCAGUUUUAUGAUGUUCUUGUUCAAUCAUUUCAGUUUUAUAAUGUUCUUGUUAAAACAUUUUGGGUUCCAAAUCUUCUUAACAGUUAAUAAUAAACUUUAGCAGGCAUGCAAGAACAUUAUAGAUGCAUGGAUGUUGUCAGGAUAACAUGUGUUGCCAAUAUACACUUGCAGAGUUUUGAAAGCCUUUUUAUAGAAUAAUUGAUACAUGACAUCAACAUUUCUGCUGUUUAUAAUUGUUCUAUUUAAUUUCACUUUAGAAAAUGUCAUAGUCAGGGUUGAUGGAGCACAAAUCAACUGUUUAUGCCAAGUAAAUAUAUCAAAUAGGUCAUAUAUUGAAGAUCAUUCAUCAGUGACAAAUGAUGACAAGUAUCGAAAUUAGAAGUAUAAUUGAUGCAUAUAGUUCUUGAAUAGAAUGAUAUAAUUCAGGAAAACAGAUCCAUGCAAUAAUAUUUGGUAUAGAUUUAGUUUUGUACAUUGUGUGCUAUAAAUAAGAUCCCAUUCUGACAUAUAUAGUUGUUGUUGAUUGUUACGAAAUGGCGUAGAACUGGGGAUCUUAAAAUGUAUACUGCAGCUUCAUACGACCUGUUCUAGAGUAUUUUUGUGCGAUCAAAUUGAACAAAUUCAACGCCGGGCUCUGAAAAUUAUCUAUCCUGAUUUAUCGUAUAAAGAUGGUUUAAACGAACUCAAUUUGCCCACUCUUGUUGAUCGGAGGAUUUCCUUGUAUAAACGGUUUUACGAGAACAAUUUUGGCACUUCAACUAAACUUCUGAUCUUUUACCUAGAAAGAAAUCUCACUCAUAUAACUUUAGAAAUGCUAGAAACAUUCCACUUUUUAAGAUACGUACAAGUAGAUUUUAUGAUAGUUUUUUUACCAACCUAUGUGCGGAAAUGGGAUUGCCUUGAACCUUUUGAAUUUAAUAACUUAUUACAAUAAUGCAUAAAAUUUCUAUAUUUGUAUUGUACAUAUAUUUUUAUAUAUUCUAAUCUAAACUAUUCUAUUUUAAUGUUACGUGUUACUUGAGUUUUUCAGUUUCUUUUUUGUAAACUGCCAUUCAAGUUUUAAUCAAUUCAAUAGACAACUUGCAUGUUAGACAAAUUUUUUAUCUAACCGAUCUAGGCAAAAAAAAAAGUAAAUUCCUGUUAAGAACUUAUUAAAAUUAGUAAACUUGCAAAAUUUGGUUGUGAAAUGUUGUGAAGCUUGGAAAAUAUAGCCUUGCAAAGUUUGCAUAUUUUCAGUAUAUUUGUAUUACGUGCGGAAAUUGUUACCAUUUUUGAGCCGAAAAUGGUAACAAUUUCAACUCGUAAUACAAAUAUACUGAAAAUAUGCAAACUUUGCAAGGCUAUAUUUUCCAAGCUUUACAACAUUUCGCAGCCAAAUUUUGCACUUUUACUAAUUUCAGUAUGUUCUUUUUAGCUAUAGUGUUUGAUUCCCUUUUCUAUGCUUAGAUUAAAAUUUAGUCUAACAUGCAAGUUGUCCAUUCAAUAUAGUACUGGAUAGGGGAAGGGGGAUAUAAAUUGUUUACCUGGUGUUCUUGGCAAUGACAUUCAGUUGCAGAAAUCAAGGUGGAUGAAGAAGGGAGCACCCCCUCCAGGAUAUAUAGUUAUAUACUGCAAGUUGGUAAUUGUUACUAUAAGUAUUGUUAUAAUAUAGUCAUCCACCGUAUAUGAGCUGUUCUGCAAUCUGAUUGGUUGAAUUACUCGCCGUAUAUCAGCUCAUAUACGGCGAGUGGCGAAAAACAAGAUGGCGGUCCACAAACUACAUGAGUUUUCCGAAGCAGAAAAAGGAAAAUAUUCGCUUUGAGAAUAAUAAUAUUACAAGGAAAAACUCUCAAAAAAAAUUUGACAGGUUAUCAAAAUACAUUUAUUACAUAGAAAUUAGUUUAAAUACAAGUUUUUUCAAGAAUUAAUACCGAAACAACAGCGAAAAAACACGUUCAUUGAGAAUAUAAAUUGUUCAGAAAAGUUUGCAAUGAACGACAAAUGAAUUUGCAGUCAACAAGCACUUACUAUAGUACCAAACAUCUGUAUAAUAUAUCUGAGCUAAUUCCUGUGAGAUAUAGAGGUUCUAAAACCAUUUCUUUCAUGACUUCGUCUUCGAGUUGUAAAACAAAAGUAUUUCAAAUUUUCAAGCGGUUUUUGGCCGAAAAAAUUGUCAACACAUUGUAACAAUGAAUAAUUAAUUACUGCUUCAGUUAAUGGCUAUAUUAGACUAUAUUAUAAAACAAUUAUACCAUUCGCGCUCGUCGUAUAUGGCUGAUAGCCGACUCGAGCUCAUGGUAUAAUUGUUAAAUAUUCCAAUCUGAAGCUGAAUCUCUGCUCUUUAUGCAGCCACUAUUGCUUUGGCUUUGCUUUAAUAAAAGCAAUUAAUCAAUGCACAUACUGCUUUAUAAGAAAUGUUUCCAAUAUGUGUGACUUAGCUUGUGACUCUGCUAAAUUUGUAUAAAAAUGAUCUAUCAAAAUCUGGUUGUCUGUAAUGAAACCAGACACCAAUUGUUUUUUAUUAUUUAUUUAUUUUAAUUUAAACAUAUUUAUCCACGGUAGCCUUUCAGUUGCCUGUUUUUCAAAGGGCCGUGGUCUAAAACUAUUAAAAAGAUAUAAAACUAAAUCUAAACCUAAAGUAUAACACGCUAACAUUAAUUCAAAUUGAAGUAUAACAUGCAUAACGACCUUACAAUGCAAAUAAACAUUCGAUAAAAUUUCGGGAAAAUUUCGCUAUCUUAGCAAUUUUUAAUAAGCCUUUUGAACUGAUUCAAUGAAAGAUGCUCAUGUUCCUCGAGAAUUUCGUUUGGAAGUUUAUUCCAUGACACUGCUGCGCGGUAGGAAAAACUUUUCUUAAGGAAGUUAGUGUUUGGUUUUGAUAAGUGAAGUUUUCGUUCGUUACUUCUCAAUGCAUAAUUGUCGUUCUGGGACAUAGUAAACAUUUCUGUUAAAUAUUUUGGUGUCAUUUUGUUAAUUGCCUUAAAUGUCAUUGUUUGUUCACGUUGUUCGAGGAUAUUUGCAAUGGGCUCCCAAUUCAAUCUAUUUAAGAUCUCUGUUGAUCUUAUGUCAUACCCUGAGUUAGUGAUAAUACGUGCUGCUCUUUUUUGUAAUUUACUUAAUUUGUCAAUGUGGGUGAUAUUUCCGUUGUGCCAAACUGUUGAGCAGUAAGUGAAAUGUGGUAGGACUAGUGAAUUGUACAUUGUAAUAAGGGCAUUUUCUGUCAGAAAACUUUUUGCUCGUCUCAAAAGUGCAAUGUUUUUUGAAAUUUUUGCACAUUGAUUAUCUAUAUAGUUAUGCCAAUUAAGUUGUUCGUCAAGAACCACUCCUAGGAAUUUUUUGUUAGAAACUCUCUUUAUCAUAUGAUCUCCUAUUAAUAUGUCAGGAUCUGAAUUUAUUUGAUUAAGCCUUUGUCUCGAACCAACAAUCAUAUAUUCUGUUUUCUCAACACUUAAAGUUAGUUUGUUAGCUAUAGCCAAUUAUGACCACUGUUCAAGUCUGAGUUAAUUUUUUGUUGAAUGUCAGUUGCUAAUUUUCCGUCACAGGAUAUAUUAGUGUCAUCUGCAAACAUUGAUGCUUUUGUAGACCUUAAGCAAUUUGGUAAGUCAUUGAUGUAAAGUAAGAAAAGCAGUGGUCCUAGAUUUGAACAUUGACAAUAGUUAUGAUCAUUGACAAAUAAAUUAUAUAUUCUAUUGGAUUCAUUCAACUAAUUUAUAUUAAUUAAAAAUGUUAAAUUGAGAAGUACAUAAACAUCAACACUUACAUUUGAUAUACACCCACAAUGGUAACAUGUUGAAGAAUAAUUACUUUCAUAGUUUCAUAUAAAUAGUAUCUCAAUGCCAUUAGUCAAUAAUUUGUUUGUCUAAAAUUCCGAAUAAUUUCGUUUGCACUGCGUAUUAAAUUAUGAAACCCUUCAAAUGCCUGCCAAAAAUACACUCUCGACCUUUGUCAUAUUCAGACUAGUAAAACGACGUUGUUUUGACUGCGUUUGAUGUGUAAUUUUAAUUGUAAAUUGACAAAUUUCCCUUUGUUUCACCCUUCAGCAAACCGCCAUUUUGAAAUUAUUAUCAUUACGUCAUUUCAUCUAUACGAUGUCGCUGAUUGGCUAGAAGCACGCUUACAAACUUCAGGUACGCGCACGAUUGCAAAUAUAUCUGCAUUCGCAGAUACAAAAACAUAUGUGUGAUUACAUUACUUACAUUUGUAGUUGUCAAAAAUCUGUCAAAAAUGUCAUUGUUUUAUUAAAGUAAC